AUGUCGAAGCGUCCGCCUAGGCCGCCCUGCAAGCUUGAUCUUACGGAGGGCUUUGUAGAUGCGGUUGAGCUUUCGCCCGUAACUCCAGUAGACAAGCAGAACGAUGGCUUUGAAAGUCCAUCAGUACUCUCAGCCAUACGCAGAACACAAAAAACGCGGGAGAAAAUUCAGUUUGUGACACUGUGUUGGUUCGUCUAUCUGGAGGGUUGGAAUGAUGGAUCGAAUGGCCCUCUGUUGCCAAGAAUUCAAGAAGUUUAUGGGGUUGGAUAUGCUGUUGUAUCUCUUAUUUUCGUUUUCGCAUGUGUGGGAUUUAUCACGGGCGCCGUGUCUAAUGUGAUUCUUGCCGAGAGGCUAGGAUUCGGAAAAGUGAUGGUACUAGGUUCCCUAUUUCAAGUCGUGGCAUACAGUAUCGAGGCUUCGGGGCCACCUUUUCCCGUGUUUAUAUUUGCGUACUUUAUUAACGGAAUUGGAAUAGCCCUACAGAAUGCAAAUUCAGUCGGCUAUAUUGCAUCCAUCAGAGAAAAUGCAGAAGUGAAGAUGGGCCUUUUCAUGGCAGUAUAUGGGGCCGGGGCGCUCUCAUCGCCUCUGGUUGCCACUCAAUUCUCACAUCUACCUCGGUGGAAUCUACAUUACUUGACAUCCCUUGGAAUUGCGAUCAGCAAUACAAUCGCCUUGAUUAUAGUCUUCCGGUUGAAGCCCCAGAGAGAGUGUCUUGCCGAGAUAGGCAUCGUGGACGUAGAUAACAGUACAAGCGAGCACAGUCAUCUCAGGCAGAUAUUCGCGAACAAAGAUGUCCAUCUUCUGGCAGCAUUCGCUCUACUCUAUGUUGGAGCCGAGGUUACUGUUGGCGGCUGGAUUGUUACCUAUAUUAUUGAUGUCAGAGGUGGAGGGCCCUCAUCUGGUUAUAUUUCUACUGGUUUUUUCAGCGGUCUCAUGGCUGGUCGAGUAGUCUUGCUAUGGUUUAAUGAAAAGAUCGGAGAACGCUUGGCCUUGUUUAUCUACGCCGUUCUGGCUAUCAUUUUCGAGUUGAUCGUAUGGUUCGUCCCAUCUUUGGUAGGAGAUGUAGUCGCUGUCUGUAUAGUUGGCGUAUUGCUGGGGCCAAUGUACCCAAUUCUUGUAAACCAUGCAGGACGCGUCCUUCCUCGCUGGUUACUCACUGGUGCCAUUGGCUGGAUUGCAGGAGUUGGGCAGGCAGGCUCUGCACUGGUUCCGUUUAUCGUGGGUGCUAUCGCGCAAAAAUCUGGAAUUAAAACCCUGCAGCCUAUAUUGGUUGGCAUACUGGGUCUUAUGACUGCGUUAUGGGCGUUGGCGUCCCGUGGUUCGCGUCGCCCUGAUUGA